CUCACCAUUCACUCCUGUGCAGUGAUGUACUGAAAGGUAAAGAUGUGAAUCCACACUGCGACUUGUGCAAACAGCGAGCGGAUACUACUGCAGACUGAACACCUUCAUAUGAUAUGAACACUUCAACAACAGAGAAUUACUGUGACUGCUGGCCUCAACCCAGCAUGAUAAUAUUAUUUCACACUCCAGUAUCUCCAGUGGGCAGACAGUAAGGACCAGUCGGCACUAUGCGAUGUGUGUAAGAGACCAAUGGUGUUGUGGCCCCAGGCGGGAUGCUGCUGACGGCUGGUCAGUAUGACUCUGCUGGACGUGUGGCUGUCACGCUCCAUCCCCAUGUGCCUGCUCCUUCAGAGCCUUGUACUCAUGGCCCUGUGCUUCCCCUCGGCCAGCAUGUGUCCCAAGGGCUGCAUCUGCCAGCGCGAUCCCCACCUCCACGGACUCAAUGUUACCUGCAGUCAGUCCCGCCUCAAAGAGAUCCCUCCCAGCCUCCCGGUUGAUACUGUCCUGCUGAGGUUGGAUCACAACCAAAUAGGAGCUGUGCCCGAUCAAACCUUCCAUGGGCUUAGACUUUUGAGAGAGCUCAAUCUUUCAUACAAUGCGGUGGAGACUUUAGGGGAGGCGGCCUUCAGUGGCAUAGAAGGGACUUUACAGGUACUGGACCUCUCCCACAACCGUAUUACUAGCGUACACAAGGAUGCUUUUGCUCGGCUCAAGGCCCGCGUCAUUGUGGACGAUAACCCCUGGCAUUGUGACUGUGCCCUCCAGCAGGCUAUCAGUGGAAUGGCCCAUAACCACGAAGCCGCCGCCCGGGUUCUCUGCAGGAGCUCAGAGCUUCGUGACCAGGAGGGAAGACCGUUCUUGGCAGUAGACACUGACCUCUGUAACCUGGCCAAAAGGACCACAGACUAUGCGAUGCUGGUUACCAUGUUCGGUUGGUUUGCCAUGGUCAUUUCAUAUGUGGUGUAUUAUGUUCGGCAGAAUCAGGAGGAUGCCCGACGCCACUUGGAGUACCUCAAGUCUCUCCCUAGCAAACCCAAGAAACCUGACGAGGCUGAUGAUAUUAGCACUGUUGUCUGACAGUAGCGUCAAUGUGACUGUGUCCACCACAAACCGAAUGAACACCAAAAUGUUUAUGUAACAGGACCCACUUUUAGUGUUUACUAUUUGUACUACUAGUGAUGUGAGCAUCAAAACUGCUGAUAAAUCUUUGUAUUUUGGAAAUUUUGUUGAAUGUCCGCACCAGGGUUUGUUCAUGACUGAUCUGAGAUAAGACAAGAAGGGAGGCCACAGAGUCCAAAGGCCAAUAUUAUCUUUUCUACAGAAAUCACUUACAGAGUUUUGAAAAUUUGAUUCUCAGGUUUAAAUACUGACAUGAUAAUGGCUGUUUUUAGAUGAAAAUUUGGAAUAUCUGAUAAAAAGAAAUAUAUUUGUAACACAUGAUACCCAAUACUCCAUUUCCCAGAGCUUUCAUUUUCGUAUCCCAAAGCCCACUACAAGAUGUACACUGAGUUUUGUAAACACUUAAUUAAAUUAAUUGCAUCUUCCAUGUCCCUUAAAAUUACAUUUAAUUUCCAAUAUUUACAAUUUCACAGUGUAACAUCAUUUUAGACUAUUAAAGUUUUGAAUACAGGGUAUGUAUAUAUGAGGUAUAAAGUGGUCUCACCUCCCUGCUUUCUUUGAGCAAUGAUGACCUGUCUUUGAUACAAAGACAUCACAAUUACAACGAAAACAUUUUCACAAUAGAGACAGGUAGGCUAGAUUGCAUGGUGCUCUCUCAUUGUGGCUAUACUGGAUACCUGUUUUUUUCCAAGAAAAUAAAAGAAACAAUGAAAUGUUAAGGAAGAUUAAAAACAAAAAUGCUCUCUUGAGAAAUUAUGCGAUACCAAGUAAGCAUUUCUGAUGUGCAGACUUUCUUGGGGGAAGUUAUGAGAUGCUAAAUUAAGAUUUUGAUUUACUAAAUCAAAACUACAAGAUAUGUUGUGUCAAAAUGAUGAGGUUCUAUGUCAAGAUUCUGAUUUACCAUGUCAAAAUUAGGACAUUUACUGUCAAGCAACUCAAAAUGAUCAUAUAUUAAAUUACUUAAAAUGCUCUACUUUUUAAAUUAAAAUUAGUUAGUCGUAAUGGUAUGGCUUUAGUUAACUUAUCAAUACAACCUAUUAGGUCACCAUUACGAGCCAGGCGAAAAUUAGCUUAGAACCAGUAAUUGAUAAAAACCCUGAAUGCUGAGGGAUAUGAGGCAUUACAUACUAGAUAGCGUUUUAAAAAACUGGCCCCAGAAUGGCACUUGUUCCAGGAGGAGCGGUUAAGAAAGGCAAUCCUUGACCAUGGAAAUAAUAGUCUGACAAAAUAAUAUUAACUGAAGGUCCAGUUACUAACUUGUUCUGAGCUUUCAACCAUAUCCUACAGUCUCCAUUAGUGGUUGUGAAGCGUACAGGUUGUCACAAGUUGACAGAACUUUGACCAGGGAACAAAAAUGUAUCAAAAUUGAUCAAUUACCCAAAAGGAGAGGAUGAAUCCCAUCUAGAUUUGAAGAGGAUGAACACUGCUACAUCAAUAGGGACCACCAGAAGCAUCCUAGUGGGACACUCGUUACAUGGCUCAGCUGUCUGAACUUCUAGCUAUUCAACACUUUUAAAUCUUUGCUGGUACUCUUUAAAGACAGGGCUGGCUAGGUUUGAUAUCCUGUGCAACUUCUGUUGGGAACACCACAUUAGUGAAGUGAUGAGCACCCUGGACACUAGACAGAAUGAACACUGGAGACAUCAUCAGAUGCUAUUAGCUGUUUGUGUACACUACAAAGUGCAAUCAAAAAUUGUACCUGAUAGAAAUUUGGCCACAUUCUCCUUCAAAAUAGUCACUUUAUGCAGUGAUACACCAGCGAUCCUACUGUGCUUGAAACACUCCAUGAAAGUCCCGUUCUGUAAGUUCGUCAAGCAGCAUCUGAUGCGCACUGGACCUCCUCCACUGUGACAAAACGCUGACCAUUACGUAUGAAUUUUAUUUGCAGAAGAGGAAGUAGUAGCAGGGAACCAGAUUCAGUGAAUAGGGCAGGUGCAGAGCAACAAGUGUGUUGGUGCAGCCAAUAAAUGUGCACUUGAAAAUAUGCUCUGAGCAGGUGAGUUGUCAUGAUGGAGUACCCCAUUGCCAUUGCACCAGAUUUCAGGCAAUUUGCACCAAAAGUCCUCCCUCAAAUGCCUCAGAACAGUGUCAGUGUAGAACUUGACAUUGACAGUAUGACCCUGUGCACAACGCUGCAAAUGUCAAAGAAAAAGACACGUAAUGUUCUUCCCUUGGUCCUGGAGACUGCAGGCUCUUCCACUGCAAAGACUGCUGUUUGGUCUGUUUGGUGUAGCUGUAGACCCACCUCUCAUCACCAGUAAUGGUGGGUCAUCAUGGACUUGUUGAUAGAGAUCCUCACAGACUUUAACACAUGUAACACAGGUCCAGAUGUUGAUUGUGCAACUCAACAUGGAAUAUGUACAACAGUUAUUGCUUACCAUGCCACACACUGUUCACAACUGUCUUGGAGCUUUUUGAUCACACCUUGUAAACCCAAACUGGUCACAGCACUGACUGGGUAUGGGUCUAAGUCAUCAACCUGAGACCAUCUUUGAACCAGCCCAAGGCCCUUGAAGUGAUGCUCAUGUCAGUUCAUUCUACACGUCUUACAAUUUAUGUCUAAUGAUGACAUUUAGUGCCAGUACAGGAAGCAGUAUACCUUCUAAGUGGCAAGUCAAGAAGUAAUGGUGUGGUGGUUGGUGUGAUGGAACAAUGUGUAGCGUGUCUGUCUUUGAUGCAGGAAACAAUUUGAGUCCUCUCACUGAGUAUUAAUGUUAUUAACCCCAUCCAUGAGCUCUAACCUUACCUGUACCCUCAUUGCCAUGCACAGGUAGUGUAGAAAGUGAGAAUAUUAGAAAGGUUGGCAUUGAAAGUAAAAAAAAAAAAAACUGUUAUUCUGGGGUAUUGCAGAUUUGACAUUAUCAUUAUUUUGUCUCUAUUAACAAGGUUUUUUUAUUAUGGGACUUAAUUUCUGUAGGUCAUGUGAUGACACUCUGAGCUAACUGAACUGAGCAAACUCAAUCUGCAGACUAAGACUGUUAGAAACGACUGAAUGCUCUGGAAUAAGCUAGUAAGGGCCACUACAGACAAAAUUUGCCUGUCCCAGACACAUUUCUUAGAGUGAACGCACAAAUCCUAAAAUCAGCAUGAUCAAAAACAAAACAUAAUGGAAAGAGAGGGUGAAGAUAGGGUGUUCCAGAGAUUGUGUGCACACAAGAGUUAGAGGGGAGGACUAAGCUCUGGCCUUUGUCAAGCUCUGUCACUGGCUGGACAUAAACUAACUUGUUGUCAUUUCCAGCAGGUUUUUCUCAUCAGGUAUUGCUAUCAUUUGCUCCUUUUCGCAGAGCUAUCCAGUCAGAAUGAUCUUGUAAUCAAUGAAUCUCGUCUGAGAUUAGUUGUGUUGUUUGAGCUCCCUCUCACCUACAUGGCAACAGUCCAGGACAAGAAAUGUUUUGUAGUUUGUGCAACUGCAUCUCUGAGGUUCUCAAAGUCUUGUAGUCUGUACUUGCCCUAAGCAGACCUUGAGUUUAGAUUAUUUUGUCAACCCAGGGUGUCUUAUAUGAUGUUGUGGAACCUAAAGUCGUUGUGUUGUACUGUACAUUUCUUCUUUCGGUUUGUGAAGUCUACGUUUGUUCUUGUUGUCUUCAGUCAGUUGUUGUCAGAGUAGAUCUGAUAUGUAUAUCUGCACUGAUCAAAUGUAAGCACAAGACUAAAUGUCUGUUUCUGUGGACUCCUCUUGUAGGGGGUUUGUUUGUGGUUUGAGUGAAUCCUUCGGAAAAAGAACUGGUAAUUAUUACUGUUUGCUCUGCCAUUUUCCAUUUCUUUCUUACCAGGCCCUCUCAGGGGGAGGACAGAUUUAUCAAGCAUGGGGAUGGCAAUCACCACAAAUUAAAACAAACAUCCCCAAGUCAAGCUGCCAAUGCAUGCAUCAUUUCCCUUUAAUAACACUGAGUACAGUAAUGUUCCCAGCAGUGGGUGAAGAGAAAAUGAUGCUGUCAUUUCCUCAAAUGGCUUCCCUCCCAUCACAGUCACUGGAGCCCACUAAAACAUAGGACCAAAGAAAAACAAUGAAAGUCAAAUGAAAGACAAGACAAUGUAAAAGUAGAGGAAAUUAGAUUUUCACCCCAAAAAAAAUCUAAAAUACAAAAAAAACCCCAAACCUAUUUCAUAAAUACUACCAACUUUAAAGAAUUACUUUUAAAAAUCAUGCACGAUAGUUAACAUGUUCGAUACUGGGUGUUGGUGGAAUCGUGAAAUUUCCCUUCAGUUCAUGUUUAUGUUGUUUGUCACAUAAUUUGUACAAUAAUGGUUCUUAAAAUGAUGCUUAGGGGAUAUGCAACGAGAAUACGUAGAUAGUAAACACUAGGAUCACAUGUAAAUAGGAUGUUGAUGUUGUGUGAAAUACUUGAAAUCCCUUUAAUCAGUUGUUCUUGAAUGUGCUACACCCCUUAGCCUUGUCUUGUAGAGGCAACAUUAUACUCCUCAUGACAGGAUCAGGAUAGUCUAUAAAAUGCAUGUACAAUGUAAUGAAGCACAGUGUAGCCAAGGACCUGAAAGUAUUUCUAAGUGCCUGAAUACUUAUCUAACCAUUUUAUUUUUUUCUUUUACAUCUUCUCUCACCAUCUCUCUUUGUUCUAAACAUUCUUCAUUAAGGAUUCUUACUGUUCAUGUAUUUGUCAAUUUAGGUUUAUUUUGCAAGUUAGAAAAAAAACAGUAUCAACUAUGUUGAUGUAACAAGUUGUGAAACUGAAUUAUACUAUACCAUAUUACAGUUUUCUGUGCACCAACAGAGCAGUGUGUGAUAGACAUUCACAGUUAAGAAAGAAAAUGUUAGCGCUGACUAACAAGGUUUUGUUGUAAUGGCAUGACAUACGGAAAAUGAAAUAAAGGAAGUAUGCAUUGGUUCUUGGUAUAUUUUAUUUCUCUGUUGAUUUUAAAAUACAAAGC